AAGAUAGGAAAUCCCCAUUCAAAAGUGAUGACAGAAGCAAGUUUAGACUUGUAAUCUAUAUAUUUAAUGAUUAUGGAAUUUCUACAAGGGAAUGGUAUAAAUUGAAGGUCAUUUUGGUAGUUUUUAUACUGGUAUUACGAGCUACAGAGACGAACAAGUCGAAUAUAUAAGCAUUAGUUGAAACUUCGUAAGCGACAAUCAAAAUGAAACUUACAUUGGCAGUCUGUGUUGUGCUGAUUGGAAUGACUUUGGCUGAUGAUUUAGUACCAAACCUUAUAGUGCAGUCAGUGAAGAUGAUGCAUCAGAAUCGCAGUAAAAGGUCACUUAAACCAAGCAUGGAGGAUUCGGUGAAGAUGGCAUUCAGCAUGACAGACAAAAACCACGAUGGUCAUAUAACAGUAGAUGAAUUGAUACAAUUUGUAAAGAAAACAACCGGGUUAACCAUUGAUCAGACAACCAGACAAGGUUUUAAUAUGGUGUUUGGGAAUCCCACAUAUGACCUCAAUGAAAAUGGAACUAUUGAAUUAAAUGAGUAUGCUGGACUUAUGAGAAUGGGUAUGACAAGAGGAAAGUAAAACGAUAAAAUGAUUCAAUCUGAGAGGACUGGAACUGUCCAAUAAUAACCAAACUGAUAAUAAUAUUGUCUUGAGAUCUUUAAGAAAAUUCUCCUUAUGUAAUUUCAUAUUAAUAAAAGAAAUGUAUGCACUA